AUGCACCAUUAUUGAACUGAAGUGGGAUUGGAAGAAGAGGAAGCAGGUAUGCAGCGGAAGCCUUGAUGGGGUUUUAACAGCAGGAAGAAACGGUCUCUGUUUUCAUCUCAUGUAUUAAUAUAAGCAGAGCCAUGGCCAACAUUCAGAUUAGAAAGUACCAGGACGAGGACGCUGAUGUCGUCAAGGAGCUCUUCACCUUGGGGAUGAGCGAACACGUGCCUUCGUCCUUCACCCACGUCCUGAAACAGCCGCUGACCCAGAUGUUCCUCAUGGUCACGUUCUGCGCCCUCAUUACCAGCUCCAAGUCCUUCCUGCUGCCCGUACUGGCCGUCACGCUAGUCCUGGCCGCGGUCCGACAGAUGGUCGUCUACAUGUUCAACAAAUACAUAGAGACCACCCUCAAGAAGGACCUCGACAACAUUGGCAGGACCUACCUGCGGAAGAAUAAUUCGUGCUUCUGGGUGGCCGAAAGCGACGGUCGGGUGGUCGGGACUGUGGGGUGUCUCCCCUCCGAGAGAGCGCCCGGGUUCUUGGAGCUGAAGCGCAUUUCAGUGCGCCGCAGUCACCGGGGAAUGGGCAUCGCCAAGGCUCUGUGUCAGACGGUGGCGGAUUUCACUCGAGAGAGAGGUUUUCCUGCCGUCAUCCUUUACACAUCCGUUGUGCAGACUGACGCUCAGAAACUGUACGAACACAUGGGUUACACGAAGAUAAGGGAGUUUCUCAUUCCAGAGCUUACGGCUAAAAUCCUGAACUUCACGCUGUUUGAGUACAGACUUGAUUUACAGACAGAUAAUGAAAGAGACUGAAACAGCAACAUUUUUGGGUUGAUGGUAUCGUUCAGUUAUUCUCCAGCUACCAAGGGAUGCCACAUGCAAAGAAAACUGUUUGCAUACCACUACUAUAAAACAAACACACUAAAGAGAUCAGUAAAUCACUAUUGGUCUUUAUUAGAACAUUUUUAGGAUACUAUUGUUUAAACAGUGUCUCAAUCCGAUUUUGGUAUUGGUCCGAUAUCAGCCAAAAAAGUGUCGUAUUUUAUCUGCCGAUAGAAGCCCUGCACUCCAGGAUUUAAUCUGGCCCAGGAUUUCUGUUCAGCAGCGCUUCCACCCCGCAGCAGACUAUUGGGAAAUAAUAAACUGGUCAUUUGUUGACUAUUGCUCUUUUGAAUACUAUCACUUGAUCAAGCAUUUUCUACCAUUCCACACUACAAAAUAAGUAAUAAAAGUAUGGCUGAUACAUUCUGAUGUCAUAUCUGGUCAAUAUCGGUAUCGGCCAGUACUCAAAUCAAUAUCAAUAUUGUAUCAUAAGUAAAAUAGUUUUAUCGGGACACCUAUGCCAUUGUACAAUAAUAUCUGAGAGGAAGUUAAUGGGUGUAUGCUGACUGACUUUUAUGAUAAUUAUUUUAUUAUUUAUUUCCUAACUGCUUAGUUUCUUUACAACUAUUUCAGACAUUUUUAGGUAAUCCAAGCUGUGCUCUCGUUAAUCUUUCAUUAAAUCUCUGAUGUGCCCAGAUAUAAAAACUUCUUAUGUACUUUGUUCUUUAUAUAAAUGUAAGGGGUUUGUUUUCUUCUCUUGAUCAGGUGUAUUUUACCCAUCAGCAAACCUAGUUCCGAUUUUGCUACUUCUAAUCUUGAUAUUACCUGUGAAUGAGGUAGUUAAGGAUGAAAAAGGACAAAUGUAGAUUGAGUUGGAUGCCUAAAUCCAUGUUAAAAUAAAAAUAAUCAGGAUUAUG